CUCAAUCUAAAUUAUCACAACAACAUCUCUCUGCCUCUCUUCCCUCCUGUGCUGUAUUCCCCUGCAGCAACUGCACACUAUGAUUCUGAGGUUGCCAACAGCUCCCUCCGUCCGCUCCUUACCGGUGCGUCCGGGUCAGCGGCGACUGACUUCGACGAAGCCCUUUGACCCUCUAAGAAUCUUAUUCUGCGGGUCAGAUGGCUUCAGCAUCGCGUCCCUGAGGGCUCUGUACGAUGCAAAACAGGCAAAUCAAAAUUUCAUCGAAUCAAUCGAAGUUGCUCAUCGACCAGGCAAACGGACUGGAAGAGGGUUGAAAGUCAUCAGACAAGUCCCCAUCCAAAAAGUCGCUAAGAAGGAGUUAGCUCUCCAGACUCAUGAGAUUGAUACAUUCACGGGUUGGACCCCUCCCACACCCUUUGACAUCAUCAUAGCCGUCUCCUUCGGUCUCCUUGUGCCUCCCCGCAUCCUCAAUGGCACCAAGUAUGGCGGUCUCAAUGUGCACCCUUCCCUUCUCCCGGAUCUCCGUGGUCCAGCGCCCAUUCACCACACUCUGCUGAAGCGACGCUCUAAGGCCGGAGUCACAAUUCAGACACUCCACCCAGAGCAUUUCGACCAGGGGUUAAUCCUGGCCCAGACACCUCCACCCGGCAUAGACGUGCCGGAAGGUGCAACACCGACUGACCUGAUUGAGCAGCUAGGGUUGCUGGGUGGUGAGAUGCUUGUUCGUGUCCUCGAGAACGGAGACUUUGUCCCUCCCCUUAAGGAGGCUGGUUGGUAUGCCGGAUCAGGUGGCCCCAUUGACCAUGCAGAGAAGAUCACUCCUGCUCAUCGACACAUCGACUUUUCUACUGCUACGGCCCAAGACAUCCUGACCCGGCAUCGAGUGCUUGGGAAUCUAUGGUCCAUGUUACCCGGAAAGGAGGAGAGGUUCAUCAUCAAUGAGAUCGAGGCGUUCGACAUCGAGUCAGACGCAAAUGAUAUAACUUCGGCACUGGAAGAGGGAGCAAGUGCUAAUACAACUCCUGGGGUCUUUGUGGCUUUGAGCCCUACAUCUCACGCACUGUGUGCCCGUACUGCAGACGGCAAGAUACUACGGAUCAAGAGUACUACGUGUCCUGGCGGUAUGAAAGGUAGGGGUAAUAGCCACAUCAUAGGUGUGCUUCUGCAGCAGCAGAUGGUACCGGAGAGUGUCUCAAAGUUGGAGAUCCCUUUCGGCCAGUUUGGACAACUUCGACAACGGCAAUAAUCAGAUGGCCAUUUGGGAGCUGCGGGGCAGAAUGAAGAGCAGUUGCGACUCUCAUCUAUCACUAUCUGUCUCGGCUGAAACAGUUCAGAAGACGCAUAGUUGUCAUGCCAAAAGUUUUGUAACCAUAGUUGAUGUGUACAGUUAGUAGUAGACAACCACUUAAGUGAUCCAAGUUAAUCCUCA